GAAAAUGGUCGAACUUUUCUCAGCCCGCCGCCUCCUUUCUCUGUGUAAGCCCACGUGCUAGAGGUUUGAUUUGCCCCCACUGACAAGCAGCAACCACAAAACGUCAGAUCACAUCUGCUCGAUUCACAGUCAGAACUCAGACCGACAUAGGAGCUGUUUACUGAGGAAGGAGGUGUUUCAUAUCUAUCCCACAGUUUUGUAAUCAGCUUCGACCCCGGCUUCAUUUCACAUGAAUUAGUCACUUUAAAUAAGUUUUUCACCAGGUUGAGAUGACACACAAUGGACAUGUAACUCUGGAAAAGCAACACAAAACUGUUUUUAUAAGACUGCAACAAAAUUAAGGAAUCGGUGAAGUGUUCUUUCCCACUUAGAGUGAAGCUACGGUACAGUACAGGACUGCUGGUGCUACCAGUCCGCUGAGAGAAAAGACUUGGAAAGGAUUUGUUAAACGUUUUACCACAAACCUGAAGUGUUGAGAGUUUUACAGGAUGGGGACCCAGUGGGUGUUGAAGUGCUUGCUUGGAUGUAUUGCCUUAUCGGGAAUCGUAGUGGAAAAAAUAUCAGGGCAAAAUCAAGGAAAAAAAUUCAAACCAGAUGAAGAGAAAGAAAUGACACCCAACAGAGUGAGAAGAAGAGGACAGCAGGAUGUGCUCAGAGGCCCCAAUGUGUGCGGAUCUCGAUUCAAUUCCUAUUGUUGCCCUGGAUGGAAAACUUUACCAGGAGGAAACCAGUGCAUUGUUCCCAUUUGCCGAAGCAGCUGUGGUGAUGGAUUUUGUUCACGUCCCAACAUGUGUACUUGUUCAAGUGGACAAAUCUCGCCAAAUUGUGGAUCAAAAUCCAUUCAGCAGUGCAACAUCAGGUGUAUGAAUGGUGGUUCUUGUGCAGAGGACCAUUGUCAGUGCCAGAAAGGUUACACAGGAACUUACUGCGGACAGCCUGUGUGCGAGAAUGGCUGCCAGAAUGGAGGGCGUUGCAUUGGACCAAACCGGUGUGCUUGUGUGUAUGGAUUUACAGGACCACAGUGCGAAAGAGACUACAGAACUGGACCAUGUUUCACCCAGGUGAGCAACCAGAUGUGCCAAGGCCAGCUCAGUGGCACAGUCUGCACCAAGACCCUGUGUUGUGCCACUAUUGGACGUGCCUGGGGACACCCCUGUGAGAUGUGCCCUGCUCAGCCUCAGCCCUGUCGCCGUGGGUUCAUACCCAACAUUCGAACUGGAGCUUGUCAAGACGUUGAUGAAUGCCAGGCGAUCCCAGGUCUGUGCCAAGGUGGAAACUGCAUCAAUACAGUUGGUUCAUAUGAGUGCAAGUGCCCUGCUGGUCACAAGCAAAGUGAAGCAACCCAGAGAUGUGAAGAUACAGAUGAGUGCAGCACAAUCUCAGGUGUCUGUGGCGACGGAGAAUGCUCCAACACAGUCGGCAGCUAUUUCUGUACCUGCCCACCUGGCUUUGUAACAUCUGCAGAUGGCUCUCGCUGUAUUGAUCAGAGGGUGGGAACCUGCUUCUCCAGCCUGGUUAAUGGCCGCUGCGCUCAGGACCUGGAAGGACGCUUCACCAAGAUGCAGUGCUGUUGUGAGUCCGGCCGCUGCUGGGCCCUGGGUUCAGUGCCAGAGAUGUGCCCCGUCAGAGGCUCUGAUGAAUAUCGCAGGCUGUGCAUUGAAGGCGCACCUGUAGGAGGAUUUCCGUCUUACAGGCCUGAAAGACCUGGGGGAGGAGGAGACACCUUCAGGCCUGGGGUGAACGGGUUUGGUCCAGAAGUACCUAGAAAUGGUGGGAGUGGACCUGGACCAUCACUCCCCGAGUUUGCUACUCUCAAUCAAACAAAAACAGUGGACAUCUGCAAACACUUACCCAACCUGUGCCUCAAUGGACGCUGCAUCCCCACCCCUUCCAGCUACCGCUGCGAGUGUAACAUGGGAUUCAAGCAGGAUGGUCGAGGCGAAUGCUCAGAUGUUGACGAAUGCACCUCCAACCCCUGCAAAAACGGAGACUGUGUCAAUACACCUGGCUCUUAUUACUGCAAGUGUCAUCCUGGUUUCCAGAGAACACCCACCAAACAAGCCUGCAUUGAUAUUGAUGAGUGCCUUCAGAAUGGAGUUCUGUGUAAGAAUGGUCGCUGUGUAAACACUGAAGGCAGUUUUCAGUGCAUCUGCAAUGCUGGCUUUGAGCUAACUUCUGAUGGAAAAAACUGUGUCGAUCAUGAUGAAUGUGCCACCACCAACAUGUGUCUGAAUGGAAUGUGCAUCAACGAAGAUGGAAGUUUCAAGUGCAUCUGCAAACCUGGCUUUGCCCUGGCUUCCAAUGGGCGCUACUGCACAGAUAUUGAUGAAUGUCACACCACUGGGAUCUGCAUGAAUGGACGCUGUAUUAACACUGAAGGCUCGUUCAGGUGUGAAUGCCUUGCAGGUCUGGCUGUUGGGGUAGAUGGCAGAUUCUGUGUUGACACACACAUGCGCAGCACUUGCUAUGGAGCCAUCAAGAAGGGAGUCUGUGUCCGUCCAUUCCCAGGAGCAGUGACCAAGUCUGAGUGCUGCUGCGCCAACGCGGAUUACAGCUUCGGAGAGCCCUGUCAGCCCUGCCCAGCUAAAAACUCAGCUGAAUUUCAAGCACUCUGUGGCAGUGGAAUUGGAUUCUCAGUGGAUGGAACAGAUAUCAAUGAGUGUGCAUUGGAUCCCGAGAUCUGCUCCAAUGGAGUCUGUGAAAACCUCCGUGGAAGCUUCCGUUGUAUCUGUAACAUUGGAUAUGAAUCUGAGGCAACUGGCAGGAGCUGUGUCGACAUUGACGAGUGUGCAGUGAACAGGCUGCUCUGUGAUAAUGGACUGUGCCGGAAUAUGCCUGGCAGCUACAGUUGUACCUGCCCCAAGGGGUACAUCUUCAGACUAGACUCAGAGACUUGUGAAGAUGUGAACGAAUGUGAAAGCAGCCCCUGUGCUAAUGGAGUUUGUAGGAACAAUGCUGGAUCGUUCUCCUGUGAAUGUUCUCCUGGCAGCAAACUCGAUUCUACUGGAUUGAUCUGCGUGGACAGCCUGAAGGGAACAUGCUGGCUCAAUAUCCAGGAUGGCCGCUGUGAGGUGAACAUCAACGGUGCGACACUCAAGUCUGAGUGCUGUGCCACUUUGGGAGCUGCUUGGGGCAGUCCAUGUGAACGCUGUGAAAUAGAUACUGCCUGUCCAAGAGGAUAUGCUAGAUCAAAGGGGGUUAUCUGUGAAGAUGUCAACGAGUGUGAAGUUUUCCCGGGUGUCUGUCCCAACGGUCGCUGUGUGAACACAAAGGGCUCCUUCCAGUGUAACUGCCCUGAAGGCCUGACGUUGGAUGGAACAGGCAGAAUGUGUGUUGAUGUACGUGUGGAGCAGUGCUAUCUUACCUUUGACGAGGAUGAAUGCACUCAACCAGUGGCUGGCAAAUUCCGAAUGGAUGCCUGUUGCUGCUCCAUUGGCGCUGCCUGGGGCACCGAAUGUGAGGCUUGCCCCGAGCCAGGCAGCCAGGAGUACGAGGCCAUUUGCCCAAGAGGACCAGGCUUCGCCAACAGAGGGGACAUUCUAACAGGCAGACCCUUCUACAAAGAUGUUAAUGAAUGUAAAGUAUUUUCCAGCAUCUGCAGCUAUGGCAAAUGUCGAAACACUAUCGGCAGUUUUAGAUGCAGAUGCGACAGCGGAUUUGCACUGGAUAUGGAGGAGAGAAAUUGCACUGACAUUGAUGAAUGUCGAAUCUCCCCUGACCUCUGUGGAAGUGGUACCUGUGUCAACACUCCGGGCAGUUUUGAAUGCGAGUGCUUUGAAGGAUAUGAAAGUGGAUUCAUGAUGAUGAAGAACUGUAUGGAUAUCGAUGAGUGUGAGCGUAACCACAUGCUGUGCCGGGGAGGCACUUGUGAAAACACCGAAGGCAGCUACAAGUGUAUUUGCCCCCCAGGGCACCAGCUUUCCCCUGACGGAGAUGCCUGUGUUGAUGUGAAUGAGUGUGAUCUCAGUGACAACCUCUGCAAGAACGGGAAGUGUGUGAACAUGAUCGGCUCCUAUCAGUGCUCCUGUAAUCCUGGAUACCAGGCAACUCCUGACAGACAGGGAUGUGUUGACAUCAACGAGUGCACAAUUAAAAAUGGAGGAUGCGACACCCAGUGCAGCAAUUCAGAAGGCAGCUAUGAGUGCAGCUGUAAUGAGGGCUACGCCCUGAUGCCAGACAAGAGGAGCUGUGCAGAUAUCGAUGAAUGUGAGGAUAGCCCUGAUAUCUGUGACGGUGGACAGUGUACUAACAUUCCUGGAGAGUACCGCUGUCUUUGUUUUGAUGGGUUCAUGGCAUCCAUGGAUAUGAAGACCUGUGUAGAUGUAAACGAGUGUGAUUUGAAUCCUAACAUCUGCAUGUUUGGGGAUUGUGAGAAUACCAAGGGAUCCUUCAUCUGCCAUUGCCAGAUGGGUUAUUCGGUUAAGAAGGGAACAACUGGAUGCACAGAUGUGGAUGAGUGUGAGAUUGGAGCUCACAACUGUGACAUGCACGCCUCCUGUAGCAACAUCCCUGGGAGCUUCCAGUGCAGCUGCCGAGAGGGCUGGGUAGGAAACGGCAUUAAAUGUGUGGAUCUUGAUGAAUGUGCUAAUGGGACCCACCAAUGCAGUCCAAACGCCAGAUGUAUGAACACACCUGGAUCGUACCGCUGUGGCUGCUUGGAAGGAUUCACAGGGGAUGGCUACACUUGUUCAGAUGUGGACGAGUGUGCCGAGAAUGUGAAUCUUUGUGAGAAUGGGCAGUGCCUGAAUAUUCCUGGAGCCUACCGAUGCGAGUGUGAGAUGGGCUUCACUCCAGCUCCAGACAGCAAGUCCUGCCAAGAUAUUGAUGAAUGUUCCUUCCAGAGCAUUUGUGUAUUUGGUACCUGUAAGAAUCUGCCAGGCAUGUUCAGAUGUAUAUGUGAUGAUGGCUAUGAACUUGAUAGAACAGGAGGAAACUGCACAGACGUUGAUGAGUGUAUUGACCCCAUAAACUGUGUUAACGGGCUUUGUGUGAAUACCCCUGGAGGAUAUCAGUGUAACUGCCCUUCUGAUUUUGAGCUGAACCCAACUGGAGUCGGUUGUGUUGACACUCGUGUUGGUAACUGCUACCUGGAGCUUGGCUACCGUGGAGACGGUGGCCUGGCCUGCAGUGUUGAGGUCGGGGUUGGUGUCAGUCGUUCCUCCUGCUGCUGCUCUAAGGGAAGAGCUUGGGGAAACCCCUGUGAGCACUGCCCAGCUGUCAAUACAACUGAGUAUAACACACUGUGCCCUGGAGGUGAAGGGUUUAGGCCCAACCCUAUUACGAUUAUAUUGGAGGAUAUUGACGAGUGCCAGGAGUUGCCAGGGCUGUGCCAGGGUGGAAACUGUGUCAAUACCUUUGGCAGCUUUCAUUGUGAGUGCCCAGCUGGAUACCACCUCAAUGAAGAAAGCCGAAUCUGUGAAGAUAUUGAUGAAUGCGUAACCUAUCCUGGUAUCUGUGGGCCUGGUACGUGCUACAACACCCUGGGUAACUACACCUGCGUCUGCCCUCCAGAGUACAUGCAGAUCAACGGGGGAAACAACUGCAUGGACAUGAGGAAGAGCGUUUGCUACAGAAACUACAAUGGAACUUCCUGUGAGAACGAACUGGCAUUCAAUCUCACCAAGAGGCUGUGCUGCUGUUCUUACAAUGUUGGUAAAGCCUGGAACAAGCCCUGUGAGGCAUGCCCAACCCCUGCAACAUCGGAGUAUCGCACACUCUGUGGAAAUAUCAUCCCAGGAUUCACCUUUGACAUCCACACUGGAAAAGCUGUUGAUAUUGAUGAGUGUCGGGAGAUCCCUGGGAUCUGUGCAAAUGGUGUGUGCAUUAACCAGAUUGGAAGCUUCCGCUGUGAAUGCCCCACUGGAUUCAGCUACAAUGACCUGCUUUUGGUCUGUGAAGAUAUUGAUGAGUGCAGCAAUGGGGAUAACCUCUGUCAACGCAAUGCUGACUGUAUCAACAGCCCAGGCAGCUACCGCUGUGAAUGCGCGGAUGGAUUCAAACUCUCCCCUAAUGGGGCUUGCAUUGAUCGUAAUGAAUGUCUGGAAAUUCCUAACGUAUGCAGUCACGGUAAAUGUGUGGAUCUGCAAGGAGGCUAUCGCUGUGCUUGUCACAAUGGCUUCAAGGCAACCCCAGAUCAGAAGAUGUGUAUGGAUAUUGAUGAAUGCGAACGUCAGCCAUGUGGAAAUGGAACCUGUAAGAACACAGUGGGAUCAUACAACUGUCUUUGCCAUCCAGGCUUUGAACUUACUCACAACAACGACUGCAUUGAUAUUGAUGAGUGCAGGACCUUAUAUGGGCAGGUGUGUCGAAAUGGCCAGUGCAUCAACAGCAUUGGCUCCUUCCAAUGUUUGUGUGAAGAGGGCUAUGAGCUCACACCUGAUGGAAAGAACUGUGUUGAUACCAAUGAGUGUUUGACUUUCCCUGGAACAUGCUCUCCUGGAACAUGUCAGAACCUUGAUGGAACCUUCCGAUGCAUCUGUCCUCCAGGAUAUGAUGUUCAGAAUGAAAACUGCAUUGACAUCAAUGAGUGCGAUGAAGACCCCAAUAUCUGCCUGUUUGGUUCCUGCAUUAACAAUCCCGGGAGUUUCCAGUGCGUUUGCCGACCAGGAUUCGUCUUGUCUGAUAACAGACGCAGGUGCUUUGAUACACGAGAGAGUUUCUGCUUCACCAAGUUUGAGAAUGGAAAGUGUUCUGUGCCAAAGGCUUUCAACACAACCAAAGCAAAGUGCUGCUGCAGUAAGAUGGCUAAAGAAGGCUGGGGAGACCCCUGUGAACUUUGUCCUAAGGAAGGAGAAGCGGCAUUCCAGGAGCUUUGUCCAUUUGGUCAUGGUACCAUUCCAGGCAUUGGUGACACACGUGAAGAUGUCAACGAGUGUGUGGAGAACCCAGGGAUCUGUUCCAAUGGCCACUGCAUUAACACGGAUGGGUCCUUCCGCUGUGAGUGCCCAAUGGGAUACAGCCUGGACUAUACUGGAGUCCACUGCAUUGACACUGAUGAAUGUUCAAUAGGAAAUCCUUGUGGCAAUGGUACCUGCACCAAUGUGAUUGGUGGAUUUGAGUGUAACUGUGAUGAAGGGUUUGAGCCAGGCCCAAUGAUGACCUGUGAGGAUAUCAAUGAAUGUACACAAAAUCCUCUACUGUGUGCUUUCCGCUGUAUCAACACAUAUGGAGCCUACGAGUGCACUUGCCCUGCCGGCUAUGCCCUGAGGGAGGAUAGGAAGAUGUGUAAAGAUCUGGAUGAAUGCUCGGAGGGACUCCAUGACUGUGAAUCCAGAGGCAUGGUCUGCAAGAACCUGAUCGGGACCUUCAUGUGUAUCUGCCCUCCUGGCAUGGCCCGCAGGCCUGAUGGAGAAGGGUGCCAGGAUGAAAAUGAAUGCCGCACUAAACCUGGGAUCUGUGAAAACGGGCGCUGUGUCAACACAGUUGGCAGCUACAGGUGUGACUGCAAUGAGGGCUUCCAGUCUGGACCGACAGCCACGGAAUGCAUUGACCAUCGGCAAGGCUUCUGCUUCACUGAAGUCCUGCAGACCAUGUGCCAGAUGUCCUCCAGUAGUCGUAACCUCUCCACCAAGUCAGAAUGCUGCUGCGAUGGAGGCCGAGGCUGGGGCAAUCAGUGUGAGAUCUGCCCCUUGCCUGGAACCGGCCACUACAAGAAGCUCUGUCCCCAUGGCCCCGGCUACACUACUGAUGGCACUGAUAUUGACGAAUGCAAAGUCAUGCCUAACCUGUGUAGGAAUGGACAAUGCAUCAACACCAUGGGCUCCUUCCGUUGUCUCUGCAAACUGGGCUACACCACUGACAUUACAGGCACCACCUGUGUGGACGUGGACGAGUGUGUCCAGUCUCCAAAGCCUUGUAACUUCAUCUGUAAAAACACAGAGGGCAGUUACCUGUGCUCGUGUCCACGGGGGUACAUUCUUCAAGAGGAUGGGAAGACUUGUAAAGAUCUUGAUGAGUGUCAAACCAAACAACACAACUGCCAGUUCUUGUGUGUAAAUACCAUUGGAGGAUUUACAUGCAAGUGUCCACCAGGAUUUACACAGCAUCACACUGCCUGUAUUGACAACAAUGAAUGUGCCUCCCAGCCUUCCCUCUGUGGCUCUAAAGGAAUCUGUCAGAACUCUCCAGGCAGUUUCAGUUGUGAAUGCCAAAGAGGAUACAAUCUGGACUCCACCGGCCUAAACUGUGGUGAUGUGGAUGAGUGUGAAAGCAGCCACAGGUGCCAACACGGAUGCCAGAACAUGGCUGGAGGGUACCGGUGCGGCUGUCCUCAGGGGUACACACAGCACUACCAGUGGAACCAGUGUGUCGAUGAGAAUGAAUGUUCCAACCCUAAUAGCUGUGGCUCUGCAUCUUGCUACAACACGCUUGGCAGCUUCAAGUGUGCCUGUCCGUCGGGUUACUCAUUCGAUGAAUUUGGCAGCAGCUGUCAAGAUGUGAACGAGUGUAUGUCCUUCAAGACCCCUUGCAACUAUGGCUGUUCAAACACAGAGGGAGGUUAUCUGUGUGGCUGUCCACCUGGUUAUUACAGAGUGGGACAAGGUCACUGUGUAUCCGGCAUGGGAUUCAACAAAGGCCAGUACCUGCCUCCAGGGGCCGAAGCGGAUGAUGACAAUGCCCUGUCUCCAGAGGCCUGUUACGACUGCAAAAUCAACGGCUACUCCAAAAAAGAUGGCAGGAAGAGGAGAAGUACCAAUGAAACUGAACCUUCAGAGGAGGAACCUAUCAGCUUGGCCAGUUUGGACAUAGACGCUCCUCUGAAGCUGAGUUUUAAAAUCUCAGAGCUGAACAUCCACGAGCACAUCCUGGAGCUGAUCCCUGCAAUCGAGCCACUCACCAACCACGUGCGUUACGUCAUCUCCUCCGGCAACGAUGUCGGGCUGUUCCGCAUCCACCAGCGCGAGGGCCUCAGCUACCUGCACACCACCAAGAAGAAGUCCUUGCCAGGGAACUACACGCUGGAGAUCACCAGUAUCCCGCUGUACAAACAGAAAGAACUGCAGAAACUGGAAGACAGCAAAGACAGAGACUACCUCAUGGGGGAGCUGGGGGAAAGCCUCAAAAUGAGGCUACAGAUUGAGCUUCAGUAAAAAUGAUUGUUACAAACCUGGGCAGAGACUCCAGUCAAUUUCACAAUCUCAGUCAUUCCCUUAUUUUUCGUCAUAAGCAUAUCAGGGGGAUAAAGCUUUAAAAAGUCAAUGACUUUAAACAAAGACCUCUCACAUCCUGUCCAGGACUGCAUAACAACUUCAUGCAAGGAAGGGUUUUGUCACUUUGAAAUGGAGAUAUUUGUUUGUUUUUAAUAACCAAAGUAACUGUAUAAUUUAUGUGAUUGGAUAAAGAGUGAGAAAAAUAUUGAGACUUAAGUUUGGGUAACAAUAAUGUACGGCACUAAAUAAGAAUAAGAACAAACUUGAGCCAUUUCUCAAUGUACUUUAGCAGUCUAUACCAUUUAAGGUGUUUUGCUAUAUGAUUGUUUUUUUGUUUAUUUGAAAUGUAUAGAUGUGUAUUUAUUUUAAUACAAUAAUAUAUAGAGGCAAAUAAAUUCUAAUGAAUGGAAGUUUAACUGAAUUUCGUUCACAGCUUCCAGGUUGCAAACAACAAUCCUUCAUUAGUACAAGAACAAGUUGGCUCAAAAGGACUUAUUUAUUGUUAAACCUCAAGCUUCCAGUUUAUUACACAAUAUUUUUUCAAAAGUGUUAUAGAUUAAAUACAACCUACUUUAAAACUGUUAACCACUUCACUGUUUUUAUCUUUUUGAAUUUUUUUGUAAAAGUUAUUCCUUAACUGCUAACUCACAUAAUGUGAUAGAAAUGACACUAUAAUGCAUAUUGCUAUAUCUGAUUGUCAAGAUUAGCUUUUUUGAAUGUGUAAUUAGAUGGAGUACGAUUUUGAUGUACUUUAUAAUUCACACGUUUUAACAAGAUAUGGUAAAAUAUGUAUUCAUAAAGUAACAAUAAGUUUUCAUACCAGAGUGGUUAGGGGGACAAAAUAAGUAGCUGCCUAAGGCAUUUACACAAUACACCCUGAUUCAUUUCAACAUGGUGACUAUAUGUUCUUUCAGAAUCUUUUAAUUCCUAUAAAUAUACCUUAGAAUAUCUGCACCUCGCUUUUCAUGAGGGGCACUGUUUUGUGAACAUUUUUAAAAGGGUUUAUAAAACGUUCAUGAUAUACAAAAUUAUGCCUAAUAGCUCUGAAGUGGUUAACAUGUUUUAAACAUAUCAAUGCAGGAUUGCGCCACGCUGUAGUUACAUAUUGGAUGAAUUGGCUUUUUUGAGCUAAAAUACAUUUCUUUUAUAGCAAAAUACCUUGACUGGUUGUAUUGCCACAAGUUAACAAAGUCUACCAGUACUGUACUUUCAAGCAAUAACCACAAUGCCUCAUACUCAACAAGGUGCUGUACAUUUAUUAUUAACUGUAGGCAGCUCUCAGAUCAUAGUUUAAAACUGUAAUUAUCUCACUAAAACACCAUCAGAAGGUGCUUGUUUUUAAAAACAAAUACUGUUACUAUGACAUGUUUAAGGGUUUUUUGUUUUUUGUUUUUUUUUACAAUAUGCAAAGUAAAAUUGCAUUGGCUAGGACUUUAUUUUUUAUUUCUUUCAUAUGAAUUCCAACCCUGGUACAUAAAUAUUACUGUAGUUAUCUGCCAUUCUUUUCAUUGUAUUAUUGCUUAUGGAAAGUAUGUGUGUACAAUGAAUGCCUCUUAGUUACUAGAAUAUAUUACAGAAAAACAAGUAUUUUAUGUUGUAUAGUUUCUACCCUUACUAAGGGUAUUUCACUGGUGCUUUUCAACAAAUGGUACUGUAAUGACCCCAUGCUGAAGUAUUCUUAAUACAUAGAAUUUAUACUGCAACUCUUGUUACAAGCACUCUGGAACACAAAACCAAGACUAUUCCAUUGCAUUGUUGUACUUUUAAAGGGAGGAAAAUGAUUUGUAUACAAUUCUAACAAUUGGCUUGCAAGAACAAUUUAUUGGGAUUUUGUAGAUUUUGUGUAUCAGUGUCAACACUUUCUUACAAUAAAGCUUAUUUUGGGUUAUAA